ACAGUGGUUAGUUUUUAAUUUUCACUGUGAAAACAAUUAUUAAAAAUAUAAACAUAAGUGAGAAUGUGAUUACCUCAAGAAAUCCAAUAAUAAAUAUUUUUAUAUGUCAUGUUUUAACAUAAAGUAUCGAGAAAAUGAAUCCAUAUAAGGAUGCAGAAGAGAGUUCCUUUACGACAUUACACCUCACAUAUGAAGAUAUAGCAACAAAAUUGUUAAAAGACAAUUUCUUUUUAUCUGCUUUGGAACUUCAUACAGAACUUGUCGAAAGCGGCAAGGAAUUACCUCAACUUAGAGAAUUCUUUUCGAAUCCAGGCAAUUUUGAGCAACAUGUAUUGCGAGCGACAGAUAUUAGUUCUAUGCACCGGACACCAAGUCAAGCUACGUUAGACUCUUUAGACACAGCAAGGUAUUCUGAAGAUGGAGGUGGUGAUCGUGGAGGGAGUGGUGGAGAUGUUGCAGUGCUUGAGUUUGAACUUCGAAAAGCUCGUGAAACCAUUAAUGCAUUGAGGGCAAACCUCACUCAAUUUGCUGAUGGAGAAUCAUCUUUAGAUAAAACAACAAAAGAAAACUUCAAUGAAAGAUCUUUAAAGCCACAUGAGAAGAGAGCUUUGAAUUUUCUCAUAAACGAGUACCUCUUGCUUCAAAAUUACAAGUUAACAAGCAUAACUUUUUCCGAUGAGAAUCCAGAUCAGGAAUUUGAAGAUUGGGAUGAUGUUGGUUUAAAUAUGCCGAGACCGGCUAGUUUGAUAUCCCUAUUUCGAGGAAGCACUACUAAUCUGAAUGUACCUAAGGAGGACUCUGCUAUGAAUACAAGUAUAUCUUUAGCAGAUAUGGAGUGUCAGACUGAUUUUGAUGAGGGCAAUGUAUGUGUGAGUUGUCAAACAUCAUUAGACCAUGACUCUGAAUGGAAUCAUGAGCUUUUAAUUCAGGCGGAAGAGAUAGAGCUGCUAAAACAAAAAAUAAUAGCAUUAGAAACAGAAAAGUUAAAUUUUCAAAAGUUGUAUGACGCUGCUUUAGUAAGUUUGAAUUCAUUGACAAGUCCAACAUCCGAGGGCAAAGCUCUUGAUCUGCAAAUACCAGGUGAUAAGUUAUUUGUUGAUCGACCAAGAUUAGAACAGAAUUUUGAAAACAAACCACUCCCUUGUUCAGCAUCAGAAAAUCAUUACGGUAGUGGAAAUUCCACUCAUAGUGUCACACCAGAGCAAUUUGAGAUGAUAUACAGUGAGAAAAAUAAUGGAUCAACAAAAAAAGAAGGUUCAAACACAAGUUCGUUCGAACCUGCGUUGCUUGGCGAUAGUGUUCGCGGCUCACCCUAUAGACGCGGUAGUGUGACCACACUCGACGAAACAUUGAGUAUCAACGACGCGGGCGAGUGGACGAGAGUGCAAUAUGAGUAUAAUACUAUUGAAACCAGCAAGGAAAUGUGGAUUGACAGUAAUCUUCCCAACAACUUGAAGGAAUCGAUACUGUCGUGGUGUUACGAAUCAUCAGAUCUGAAUGAACCUCUAGCAAACGAUCUACUCUCAGAUCUGGUGAACAGCAAACAACCCAUCACAUUACCUGGACUGUUACCACUGGUAGCCGACACACUACCCCGAGUGCUGCCGCACACGCUGGUGUCGCGGCGCGGCGAGGCGGCGGCGCUGCUGGCGGGAGUGGCGGCGCUGCUGGCGGCGGGCGACGCGCGCCGCACGCGCACGCUGCACGCGCUGCUCACGCUCUACAAGAAGCCCGACCCGCCCGACGCCCGCGCCGUCUGCGAAGCGACAUGUUUAGUCGUAAAGUGGGGUGGCAGUGGAGAGGUGCUAUCUUCGAUAGCGGAGCUUUUAGCAUCCAGGUCCUCCGAACGAAGAAUACUCGCCAGCCAAAUCUGUCUCUCGAUAGCCCCGUACGUGCCCAUCGAGCUGUGCACAUCUCUGUUGCUCAGUCUGGUCGUACUCAUGUGCGAGUCUAGUGAACCGGAAAUCAGAAGCAUGGGGCUCAAGUCCGCCUGCCUUAUAUGUCCGGUUGCGGAGCAUAAGUAUGGCCAGCUAGAGAAUAUCAUGUUUAACUUCCUAAAGGAUUCAGUUGAGAAGAAUGUUAAAGAUACUAUUAGUGUGUUUGUACCGAUUUUGGCAAGGACUUCUCUAUUUGCUGGCAAAUUCUCUUCAGAACUGUUUAGCAGAAUAAUGAAUAAUUUAGUUAUAGCGAGCACAGAUAACGAAUGGAAAACCGUAAUUCAAUAUUUGGAUGUGAUGCAAGCUUUAGUUUUAGCGCAAUUGGCCUAUGUAAUAAAUGUACAAUUAGUUAAAAAUACUGACCUGAGUAACUGUGAUAUGGAAACCGUGAACCUGCAAGAAGUGCCGUUGAGUGAGAAAAAGUUUAUAGAUUUACAAUGUUAUAUGACUGAUGAUGUUGAUGCUAAGGUUUUAUUAACGACAAUGUCUAGAUUAUUAAAAGACAACCCUGAAGCUAAAUGGGAGGAAUUGAAUUGGUUUAUUAGUGUAGUUAAACAAAUUUUAGAUAUAGCAACAAAAAGUAAGAUAUUAAAUCACCACUCAAUAUAUGAAAUGCUUAUAAAUUUAUUUAAUAAUUACGUAGAUAACUUUGGUGCUGAAUUCUCUUCGAAAAUAUUAAAUCCUAUAUUCAAUGAGAUAAUUAUGGACUUAGAAAAUAAAUUAGAGAAACUACAUGAAGUAAAUAUUGAUUGUGUCGUUGUUGUUGGCAUAUAUUUAAUAACGGUGUUGCUAGCGUGCGGAACGAGGACGCAACAUGGAGAAUUUUUGGAAAAAUGGGUCAUGUACAGCAGCUUGAGAGGUCUUCCAACAAAAAUAUUCUCUAUUCCGUUUAAAUAUUUGGCAGAAAACCGGCCGGAUACACUUAAUUUCUUUUUGCAACAUCUACGGGAGUUCUCAGCAACUAGUUGCGACAGUUCGAGCGGCAGCGCAGUGCGAGUGUACAUCGCGAAUCUAAUCACGGAACUCCUGAACAUAACGGAUGUAGACGAGGAGUGUAUUGACAAACAGAUCCUCCCCGCCGUCGUCGCCUUUCUCUAUGAUGACGAUGUGUCGGUCCGCGAGGCGGGGAUCUCUGCGUGGGGCGGCGCGGCGCGGCGCGUGGCGGGCGACGCGCGCGUGUGGGCGGCGCUGGAGGGCGCGCUGGGCUCGCGGGAGCUGUCCGCCGGCGAGCUGGCCCGCGCCGCCGAGGCGCUCGCCUUGCUCCUGCUGCCCCACGAGGACGGACGGCCCGUCUCCGAGAGAGCGGUGGCGCAGCUGUGCCGGCUGUGCGAGAGCGGCGCGGCGCGCGGCGCGGCGGGCGCGCUGUGCCCCGCGCUGCAGCUGGCCGCGCACCGCGCCGCGCCGCACCGCGACCUGCCGCGCGCGCUGCGGAAACUAGAAGAGAUUGUUCAGUCGCCGUCCCUGUCGCAGUACAAGCCGACGAUCGAGGCCCUCCUGCACAUCGUGGGCUCGUCUGCCGAGGUCCCCCGCGGCCCUUCGCCCCGCCCGUCGACCAAUCUUCAAGCUGCACAGGAAGUCGGUAGAAGAGUUACGCAAAUAUUUCAGUCCAAAACUAAUAUGAAUCUACAGAACAUUUUUAAGAAAAAGACGUAGUUUAAAAAGUCCUUCUUAGAAUUAUUAAUUUUAUUCUUUGAUCUAGAUUCGGAUAUACAUUGUGCAACUUUUAUUAAUAAAAUUAGAAUAAAAGCAUGUAAUUUAAAUUACACCAUCACUCAAUAUCAGUAGUUAUUAAUUAAUUUAUUUAAAUCAUGAAGUAUUUUUUCUUGUCACGAAUGCUUUUAUAAAACUUUUUUCACUUUAUAAUUCAUUAUCGAUUUACAGAUUUAAAAAAAUAGUAAAUUAAUAUGGCAACACAUGUUAGUGAUUGGUAGAAACGAGAUGGUUGACAUAAAAACAUUCGCUUUAUUCUCAGCUUUAUAUAAUAAUAGAAGUUAAUAUUUCGUAGGACACUCAAAAUUUUAUUAACGAAUGGCAUUUGUACUUAAUUGUUUUAAAUUUCGAAAGUUCCACAGACAAUAUCGCUAAUAUUAUUAUUCGGUUCAUAGUUAGUUUUUAUGUUGACAUAAAAGUUUAUAUAAAUGUUCGUGUUUUGUUAUCGUUAAAAUGUAUUUCUCUAUAAAGUGCUUCUCUCUAUCGUUAAGUAAAUGAAUUGUAAAUAUUUUAUAUCGUUGUACAAAUGUUGCUGGUAUUCUUUAUUUGAAAUGUUGAUUCCAUAUGUAAGUACUUUAGAAAUGAUGAAUAAGAUUAUAUUAUUAGUAUUAUAUAAAAAAAUGUUAUUAUAUAAUAUUUUAAAUCAGAUACAAACAAAAUUUUGUUUUGAAUUGCGAUAGGUUUACAAAAAAAAAAUUACAUUUGCAGUUUUGCUUAUUUUAGAUUAGUAUAUAUAAUGGCUUAUAAUAUUAAACCAUAAACUACAAUAUUUCAAAUUAUACAAAUUUUAAGUGCUGUUAAAAUAAAUGUUGCUUUUUACAGAUGUCCCGAAUUAUAAUAAGCGAUUAAUUGAUAUUUUACCUUAUUUUUUGUAAUAUCCGAGGCACGUGACUUGAAUACUUUUUCUUAGGUUAUAAAUAUUACUUACAAGGACAUACCCUAACGGCUAUUCGCAGAACUAAUUUGGAACGGAUAAAUGAUACAUAACCGAUAAAAUUUUGUAAUAAAUCUAAAAAUGAAAUCAAAUUGUGCUUAACAAUUUGAAAAUGUAGUUAUUAAAAACAUAAAACCCUGUUGUGUUGUUACCAAUGGCAAUAUUUACAAUAUAAAAUUUUGUUGCUUCUAAAUUGACUCGAUCGAAAUUUUCAUUUCAAGCAUUUCAUUUUUCGUAUGUCAUCAUUGGACAAAAUCAUUUUUAACACGACCACUUAAAAAAAAGUGUAAAAGGACUGUUUUCAGGGUACUUGAUCCCUGAAAACACUUCUAUAUCAUAUGUGUGUAUAUUUCUUUAUUCCAAUUUAACUUUUAAAUGCCUUAACAGAUUUGGAUGGUCCUUUAUAAUAAUUAUAACCUAUAGGGUUAUAUGGUCGACCAAGACCCGUUUUAACAUAUUUUUUGGGACAUACUGUAUUCCACGAUGCAUAAUAAUUUAAUUAGCAGCUAGUUCGGUACAAAAUAAUGUAAUAGUAAUCAGCAAUUAUAUUUAAAAUAAGAUAAAACAUGAAAUUCCACACCUAUUCUAUAUGAAAAUACAAUAUUAAACAUAGCCGAGAUGGCCUAGUGGUUAGAACUCGUGAAUCUUAACCGAUGAUUGUGGGUUCAAACCCGGGCAAGCACCACUAAUUUUCAUGUGCUUAAUUUGUGUUUAUAAUUCAUCUCGUACUUGACGGUGAAGGAAAACAUCGUGAGGAAACCUGCCUGUGUCUAAUUUUAUUGAAAUUACGCCACAUGUGUAUUCUACCAAUCCGCAUUGGAGCAGCGUGGUGGAAUAAGCUCUAAACGUUCUCCUCAAAAGGGAGAGGAGACCUUAGCCCAGCAGUACUAACUGGUACAAUUAACAUAUUUAAAUUUAAAAAAUGUAACAUUAUAUUAGUAACACAAAAAAUUAGAAAAUGGUGCUGUCUAUUCUCAUUUAAAUUCAUUUAAAAUAUGUGACAUAAAUAGUAUUUUAAAAUUAUAUUUGUUUAUGAGUAUUUUAUUUUAAAAUGAUUAAAUAUAAAUAAAUAUUGUGACAGUUUCUUUGGAGUAGAAUGUACUGUAUAAUUUGUAUUGAGUUUGUUCAAUAACAUAAUAAAAUAAAAUAAAUAAA